UUAAUUAAUUACUCCUACUUAAUUAAGGAAGGAAUCGUGAAUGAAAUUCCUUGCUUGGAUUGGGAUGGUUGCGUCGACAUCAACGCCGUUAAUCAAACAAUCUCUGCAUCAACGUCAUUUCUCUCACUAUUCUUCUUCCAUCUGCACAAUUGCCCUAAUUUCAUCCACGAUUUUGAAUCCUUGCGGAUUUAUUGAUGAUCACGGUAUAUUGUUUACUAUAAUGCGACUACAACAGCGAUGAGACCGUACAAAUUCCCCAGCAGCGGAAAUUGCAGCCCGAGAUCGCCGCCGGCGUCUCCCCGGACGCCCAACCGCUCUCCGAGAUAUCGCCGUGCCGCAAAGCCAGUCCGGCCAGCUUCUAAAUCACUCGCCCAGCAGCUCGGGUGGUUCCUGCUCUCCCUUCUGCUCAAGCGCCAGGGCCUCUUUCUCUUUGCUCCCCUGCUUUACCUUUCGGUCAUGUUGUUCUACAUGAAAACGGUGUCGUAUGAUUUCGUCCCCAUUGUUAAGCUGAGGCAUACUCCUGGCUCUGUUUAUAGGAGCCCCCAGCUCUACGCCAAGCUGCGAUCCGACAUGGAUUCUGACAAUUCGUCUGUUGAUGCGAUAUCCAGUGUAUGGAAAAAUUCUUAUAAAAGUGGUGAAUGGAGACCAUGCAUCAAAAAGUCAUCAGGAGGCUUACCCGAGUCAAAUGGAUAUAUAUUUGUUGAGGCCAACGGUGGGUUGAAUCAGCAGAGAACAUCGAUAUGCAAUGCUGUGGCUGUGGCUGCCUACCUGAAUGCAACUCUUGUAAUUCCAUAUUUCCAUUUCCAUAGUAUUUGGAGAGAUUCAAGCAAAUUCAGUGAUAUAUAUGACGAAGAAUUUUUUAUAAAGACACUGGAAACUGAUGUUCGAAUAGUGAAGACAAUUCCAGGAAACAUAAUGGAGCGGUUUGACUAUAACUUGAGCAACGUGUACAACUUCAGAAUACAAGCCUGGUCAUCAAUAAAUUACUACAAGGAUACAGUUCUUCCAAAACUGCUUGAAGAAAAGAUCAUAAGGUUGUCACCUUUUGCAAAUCGGCUAUCUACUGAUGCUCCUCCAGCCGUACAAAGACUUAGAUGCUUGGCGAAUUAUCAAGCACUAAGAUUUGCAGAUCCUAUAUCAGCUCUUGGUGAACUUUUGGUAGAAAGAAUGAAAAAACACAGUGCAAAAAAUGGUGGCAAAUAUAUAUCUGUGCAUCUUCGAUUUGAGGAGGAUAUGGUCGCUUUCUCUUGUUGCAUAUAUGAUGGCGGAGUGCAAGAAAAAGUUGACAUGAUUGCUGCUAGAGAAAGAGGUUGGAAAGGGAAGUUUACUAAACCAGGCCGAAUCAUAAUUCCUGGAGCAAUCAGACUAAAUGGAAGCUGUCCCUUAACUCCUUUAGAGGUAGGUCUUAUGCUGAGAGGUAUGGGCUUUGGGAAAAGCACUUCUGUUUAUCUUGCGUCCGGGAAGAUAUACAACUCUGAGAAGUAUAUGGCUCCUCUUCUGGAAAUGUUUCCAUUAUUACAAACCAAAGAAACACUGGCAUCUGCUGAGGAACUAGCUCCAUUUGAGAAUUACUCUUCCAGAAUGGCUGCUAUAGACUACACUGUUUGCCUUCACAGUGAAGUUUUUGUACCAACUCAAGGUGGGAACUUUCUGCAAUUACUACUAGGACAUCGAAGAUACUUGUAUGGUGGACAUUCCAGGACAAUCAGGCCAGAUAAGCGGAAGUUGGCAUUGUUAUUUGACAAUCCAAAUAUCGGGUGGAAAAACUUCAAGAAGCAGAUGGUAAAUAUGCGAGCAAAUAGUGUCUCAAAGGGGUUACAGUUGAAGAGGCCGAGUGAUUCAAUCUAUUCAUUCCCUUGUCCAGAUUGCAUGUGCAAAGCAGACAAGAGCGAAAAUGCAAGAUCGUCAUUGCCAACGUGAUCGCACUAGUUUGUCCUAUUAUUUGUUUGUGAUUCUUUGGAUUUUCUUCCUUGUCUUCGGAGGGAUGGCAUUUUUUGGCGUGGUGAAAAAGGGUUGAAAAGCAAGGGAUUUGAUGACCCCUAAUGUUAGUGGAGGAUUGAGUUGAGCUACAUAGGCACUAGUAGUUAUACAUGUACUUGUACAACUACAAUCAACACUUGUAUCUAACUAAGUUGUGAAUAGACCACACAUGAUUCAAAGGAGGACGACUUCUUGUUGCUUUCUCAAUUGUACAUUGCUCGUCUUCCACUGUACUAACACUUCAUUUCAAAUUUUCAACAAAGAUAGUAUACCCCUAACUUCUCUAUGUAUGUAUCUGUACUUUUCUCUCGUUAUACAUGGAAAAUUUAUCGUCA